GCCUUCUUCACACACACAAAAUCAAAGAGCAAUGUUAGUUUAUAUGUAGCUCCUCCCACAGAAGAUUUUAUGUAGAACUGGUUUUUUGUAUAAUGCAGAAGCGGAUGCUCUAGCUCUUGUUGCUCUUGCCCCGUAUGGUUCACUAAGAAAUCCAAGAACUACUCGAACUUGCGGCGGAUAGUUUGUGGCCGAAUCCAUCUCCCGAACCAGAUUGAGAUUGCGGCAAUUACCGUGCUCGUUCCUUCGCAUCUUCGUUUAUUUCGCGUGCUGCCCGCGGACAAGAACAAGUUAUAAAAGUUCAAAAUUGACCACGAUGCCGGCCCUAACGGGAGACCACAGCCGGGCUUCCACGAAGUCCGCGCCCAGUCGCCCCCCCAGACACGACGAACCCUACAAUGCGAGCAAAAGGAAUUCGGUCAAGAGCACGGGAUAUGCACCGCAAAAGUAUCGUACUAGUAUAAAUCGCAAUACAAAUUGGCUCAGGAUUACAAAUGAAAUUUGCAAUGCGGAUUUAGCUAACCAACUAGAUUUGUAAUGCAUGACGACUGCAAAGAUUAGUACGAGUGCGAUACUUUUGCAGUGCAUACGGGAAGCACCAAGUCAAAAGAGGACAAGACGGUCGACGCGCAGAUGGCUCUUAUGACAGUGCACAACUCGCCCUCUCCCUUUUUUGCAGGUAUAGCAUGAACGGCAGUACAAGCAUCAGCAUGACAGAUUUGGACUUGAGUGCAGUCCUAUUUGGGCUACCAGAACUUGUCAUGCAAACAGUGCCAAGGGGCAAGGGGUGGAUUGGGUACUUUGCAUGGCAAAUGAGGGGUAGGGGGAGUUGUGCACUGUCAUAUCUCUCAUAGAGGACCAAGAAAUCAUCGACGACUUGCUGGAUCUUGGUACAAUUUAUUUGCUGGAUUAAACGAAAAACAGCCUGUAAGAGUUUUCCUGUCGGGCUGACGCGCUGCGGCUGCAUGGGAAAUCAACUAUUAUUUGUCAUCACUCUCCUUCAGCUAUGAAUCUGUAAUGCUAUAUACGCAUGUGAACAUCAAGGUUUUACCAAGCGGGAGAUCGGAAAAAUGGACUUAAAUCGGCGGGCCGUGCUGCACCCAAAAGGGUCGGACGGGAGUUGGGGCCGCCCCGAUCCUGCCGCGGUGCGGAAGAGUGCGCGCGCUUUGAUACAAUGGUUCGACCGAGACGUCCAGUGGGAAGAAGGCGAGCAUAUGGACAUGCAACGAAUGAGUACAAUUUUGGAUUUUCAUAAUUGUGGUUUAUGCAUCUACUUCACAAAGCUGCUUCCUCCAUUUGCUUUUUGCAUUCCCAUUCCAUAUCCAUACUCUUUCUUGAUGCAUCAUCUUCACAAAGCUUGCAGCAGUUGCACACGACCUUGAUAAAAAAACACUAUCAGCCUUCACCCUGUUCGAGACGGUCGCACGGCACGGCCUCCGCCUGCGCGCUCUACGAAUUGCAAAAAUGUCCGGGUCUGGAAGAUUACAACUUGUCAUGGUAAAUCUGAAGCAUGCAAAAAUCUGUGUUGCAUGAGUGCCAACAGCUGUCCACUUUUGACCAAGUUGGAACGGAGUUUCCGAUGCAGAAUAGGCGUGGCAGACGCAGAGACCUCGCAGAGUCUGUCAUGCUAAGUCCGGCAUUCCAGACCUCAUGGGUCAUGGAAAAUCUGCAUGACAAGUCUACACUCUUCCAGACCCACACACUUCUGCACUUGAUACGCUCUGCGCGACGUCGACUUGAUGCGCGUCCUGGACACGAAUAAGAUCCACAUGGAAACUAUGCAGUGCAAAUAUGUCUGGAUCUGGAAGGUUGCAACUUGUCAUGUUAAGUCUGGAUUGUAAAAAAAUCUGUGUUGCAUGGUUGCCACAGAAAUCUGUCCACUUUUGACCAAUUUCUUUGCGAGGAAGUUUCUCAUGCGGGCCAGGCAUGAGAAAGAUCUCACAGAAUCUGUCAUGGCACGCCAGACCUCAUGGGUCAUGGAAAACCUGCAUGACAGAUCUCACAUUCUUCCAGACCCAGACAUAUUUGCAUUUGAUAGAAACCACCAGCGGGGUCAAGAUCCUCGAUGACAGUCGAAUCGUCAUGAAGCGAAAAUCGAGGAAAGAAGAGGAGGAAAGGGAGAACAUUUUAGUUUCCAUCGACGCCUUCGUGUCCAUGGUGCCAAGUUUGCUCGAAAGAGACGCGCUGAAGCAAAUGUUCCAAGACCAGGACAAGGAAGCCCCACCGAGCGAAGAGAUCAUGACGAGGGUCUUUCGCGAGUUCGCAAGCAAAAAACUGCAUCGUAUUUUUUUGAAUUUGAUACGAGUUCUUCUUCUUUCUCGCAUACAGUUUCGUUCUCAACAAUGAAGAAACUCCUGCUUCUUUUGUUCUAUCUUCAACAAAUGUCGUUCACUGGUGGGUCGUGCACCACGUCGCACUAGCACAGUUAAUACGAGCAUCAUGAAAAGAAAGAAAUCCAAAUCCUACAACAAUUCUCCACUCCGAAAUAAAGGUCCGGGCGACAAGGGCACGGCGGACCCGGAGCGGCCGGCUUGUUUGUCGGAGCCAACGGUGGUGGAGAUUUUCGAGUUCUUCGAGGUCUAUAUGACAACGAAAGACGUGACGUAUCUCUUCCAGCAGAUCGACAAGGACCGGUCGGGAACGAUCGAAGAAAACGAAUGGAAGGAGUUUUUCAAAAAAGCCUCCCACCGGGAGAGGCUGAAAAAGCGGGCGUGUUUGCAGGACGCGUAUCUGCGAACGUUGUUUGAAGAAUUCGACGUCGCAGCGAGGGGGUUUUUGACCAUGGAUGACCUGAUGAACAUCGUAUAGUUUUAUUGCUUCGUUGUAUUGCGAUAUUCGCAUGACACGCUUUGCCUGCGUAUUGUUAUCCCGCAUGAGAAAUUUUAUUGCCAAUGAUCUGAAAUUACUUUCAGAUUCGUUUCAUCAACCUGCGGAUGUCGGAGAACGUCGCAGAGUAUCCCGUGCAAAAGUUAAGCAUACUCGUAUUAAAUGCAAUCACGCAUGACAAAUCUCCUUCCUUACCUGAAGCAGCAUGACAAAUUUCAUUGCGAUUGGUAGUGCUAGCGGUUUUGCGAAGAUAUUACUUUUGCAAUGCAUACAGAGAAGCUGUUUUUCCAGAUCGACGAUAACCACAACAACCGCAUUGAACUCGACGAAUUCAUGGGUUUUUUUCAAGCAGUCCAAAGCCAAGACGACAUGAAGCAGAAAAUACAACAGUACAAUAAGUUUUUUUCAAGAUGUGCAUCUUCGUGACAACUUUGAUGGAAUAAUAACCCCCCCCCCGCCGCCCCCAGAGGUAGCGCCGUCGUGUCUGCAUUAUUACAUACGAGAAAACUGAACACAGAAUUCUGCUGCAUGAAAAAAAAAACAGGAUGUCGACCAAAAAGGAACGAUCCCAGUGGUGCCAACUCGCUAUUGGCCUCGCGGCACUGAUCGCCUUCAUUGUCUGCAUUAUUGUGGAGCUGGUGCCGUUGGCGAUAGUAACCGGUUCGAUGGUCGGAAUCUUCGUGCUGAAUUUUAUCGGCUGGAAGAACGUGGUAGAUUUUACUAUUUUGCUGAGUUUUGGUCGGUUUAAUAUCUUCUGGCAAAGGGUGAGGCAGAUUCUCUUCUAGAAAGGUCUCCUUUGCAGCUGCCUUCGUGCCCAUUUUUUAUUUCGUGGCGUGGUCGUAUCCGUAUCGUGCGCAUUAUCCGUGCAACUACUACACCGCGAAAAAUAAAUAUCAGGAGCGAUUUGGCGGUUGCCUGCAGCGCAACACCUGCGUCUUCACCGUGAAACGGCUUCGCUACGUCACCGUGUCCUGGGGUAUUCUGUUUCUCGUGUUCGUGAUCUGGCACCAGUUUGACCAAGCGGAAAUCGACGGGGACCACACGCGACAGGGCGAAAAAGCCGUGAUUCCAAAGGGUUUUAUCACCUUUUAUCCUGAGUAAAAACGUACCCACACCAGAGUCAGGAUGGGGAUUUUGCAACACAAACCUAGGAGCUUUGUGAGUCAUGCAUGACAAGUUGCACUAUGCAGUGUAGUGCAGGUUAGCAAGUGCAGCCGCGUCACAGAUUCAUCUGCUCAUCCUGUUCACAGCAUCACAAAUUCCAAAACACGAUUGGAAAUGGCUCUCAUGGAGAUGCGCAUUACAAGUCUUCCUCUCUUUGCAAAUCUGCAUUACAACUCUGGUGUGGGUACGUUUUUACUCAGGAUACCUUUGGCUGGGUGUUCCUCGUCAUUCUCCUCGCUUAUCAAAUGCAAAAAUGUCUGGGUCUGGAAGUUUGCAACUUGUAAUGCUGUUUUUGAAUUCCGAAAAAAUCUGUAUUGCAUGACCAGCAACAGGAGUCCAAUUUGUGUUACGCAGAGAGGGCAUUUCUCAUGCGAAAUAGGCAUCAGGAGGGUCUCUAAAAGCCUGUGAUGCUACGGCUUGCAUCACAGACGUCAUCGGUCAUGGAAAAUAUGCAUGACAAAUCUAGAAAUCUUCCAGACCCAGACAUUUUUGCAAUUCAUAUCGCUUUGAACGUACUGAUUUACAUUGAAUCCAACUUCAAAAUGGCGUCGCGCGUGCAGAAGUUCGUUGCGGAGUCUCCGAGGGCACGGCAAGCAGCGGCGAUCCGAGGAAAACUCAUUAGCUUGGGGACAUGUACUUAUUACUAUAAAGUUGCUCUCGUUCUGUAUGUUUAUGUUUUUCAUCUUUUUCAUCAUGGUUCUUGUUGCGAGAAUGAUGGUCAACAUUGUUCCGAAUCAGUAGCUGAUCGUUCAUCUGCUCUUGCUCUAGAAACAUCAGACUGCAAAUGUUUUUCCUGUAGCGAACUACUUGUUGUCACGACGUCGACCGAAGAAAUUAGUGUGUCCAAAUGAAUGAAGACAACAAGUGCCACUGCCAUCUUCUAACCACUACCACAGAUCCUAUCGGUGCGGCCUCUCCCAAGCAGUCCUCCUCCCCCCGGCGCAGCCCGCGAAGACAUCGCAAAAACUCCUUCUCCCGGGACCGGGCGAACGCUUACGCUGCUGCCGCGAUUCCGCCAGACUACGGGGACAGCAGUUUUGGCGCGAAUAGUUUCGGCGCGAGUCGGACCAGCGGCUUUGGUGGAGGAGGCAGUAAACUGAGCCAGGUGCGAGUCGACUACGAGCCCGACACGACGACCACGAGAUGGCAGAAUUCCCCCACAAAGGGCACGCGGCCGAUCGUGAGCCGGGAGGGCGGGGACCGCAACAAGGGUAUCGACCGGGCCAGCUCGGCGAAAAUCGAACCCUUCCGCCCGCUCUCGGAACAGGGGGCGCGGGGGCAGAUAGCCGGUAUGAAAAAGGGCGACCAGGUGACGGGGAUGGGGAUUCUGAAAAAGGGUCUGGACGAGUGAAAGUAGUGAAGUUGAUUUUUACAAUUUUCGCACGGUCGAGGUCGUGGAGGACUUCGAAACCAGUCGGCUCCAUGUGACAUCAACAUCGAGAAUAUUAAUUAAUUCAGACAUUUCCAUCACUGGUGAAUCGGAUAAAAAUUUUGAUUCGUCCUGUUAGCAGAACUAAGCGGCUAGCACUUUGUAUUUGGAAAAGAAGACAAAUCUCUGCCUCACUAUGAGGGCGCGUUGGUUGUGUGAAUGGCCAUGAAAACGAAAGGCACUUCAGUACUUAUCAGGCGAGGUCGCGUCCUCAACAGAGCGACGCUACGAGCGCAAUUAAACUGCAUUUCGAGAAUACAGGCCCCGAAAGACGAAAAAGCUGUGCAUAAAAGCAGUGCUUUUUUUCGAAUUUACAGAGUGAAACUUGAUGUACUGCAAAAUCCCUGG